GCACAGUUUGCAUGUGGAAUUGAGAUCAGACACACACAGGCUGAGUCCAGAGAUCCUGAGGUCCAGAGACACACACACACACACUGAGCCUGGAACUAUGGCCGUCACUAAUUUCCCCUACAUAACUCGCAUGAACAGCGGCUUCAAGGUCUACAUCCUGGAAGGCCAACCCCACCUACGGAGCGAGGACCGCUACAGACAUGUGACCAGUGAUCAUGUGCGCCUGGUUCCUUCCCGUCCAGUCGGACGUCCAGGCAAACGCAAGCACAGCUCAGAGCUCGGCUUGACCCUGGAGGAGAGAAGGGAGCGUGUCCUCAAUAAGCACGCGGCGGCAGUGCGGAGGUCGUCGGUGGCCAGCGUUCCAGAGAGCCCGUCCUCCACGUCCACGGACAGCCCUGCGUCCAGCCCGACGGUGAGCCCGAUGCUGGUGUGCCCCGCCUACGCCGCUCCGAUGCUGGACGAGCCGCUGGCGCUCAUCAAGAAGCCGCGCCGCGAGCCGCCGCCAGAGACGCCCGCCGAGAGGACCAGGGCCACCCCCGCCCGCCAACAGCAGGUCCGUCCUUCAGUUAUCACUUGUGUCUCCUCGGCAACCAAGUCCAACCGCAGACCCCUGGAGCGCUACAGUCACUCCACAGUGGUGUCGGAGGGCAGUUGUGACCGCGUGGAGGAGCAUUUCCAGCGCAGCCUGGGGGCCAACUACUACAAGACCGCCUCCCCACCAUCCACCAGCGUGUCCGUGGACGAGCACUUCGCCAAGGCGCUCGGCGACAAGUGGCUCCAGAUCAAAGGCUCGUCCUCCACCAGCGGCUCGUCCUCUCCCUCGUCCUCCUCCACCUCUCCUCCCAGCAGCCCCCUCUUCCUGCAUGCCCAGCGCCGCACGCCGGCCCUCGCACACACACACGCGCACACACACACACACACACUUGGGCCGCGGGGCGCAUCCAGGCCGGACGCACGCCCACACACCCUCUGGGUCAUCAAGUAGAAGCCUCCGUAUUCUCUCUGGUGCACGUGUGAGAAGAGAAGGGGAAGAAAAGAUAAGAGAAAAGAAGAGAAGAGAGGAGAAGAGAGGAGAAGAGAAGAGAGGAGAAGAGAAGAGAGGAGUAGGAGUGUUGCGUGUGUGAGGGAACAUUCCGCCAUGUUCCCGCCUCGGGCCCCAGCUUCAGCUGUAAAAAGCACAGAGGACUCUGGGAGUCUCCCAGGGGGUGAUGGGAUUGUGGAGGACCUUUAACAGUCUUUGGAUACUCUGUCCUACUCUGUCUGUUCCUUGAGACUCGCCGGGAUAAAUCUCACCGUGUCCUCAUUUCAUAAUACAAGCAUUUCUUACUCGGGCAGUUUUAGUGUGUAGGAGAUGAUGUGUCCUGCAUACAUGAACAGGACCUUUUCCCGCCUGAGUCUGGACAUGGGGCCUCAUUUCAAAAUGGUGAAGCUAACAUUGCACUGAUAGCAUAACACACAUACUUUACUGUAAGUUCACCUAAAAUGUUUGCUACUUGCUUCUCUAAUAUUGACCGUGUUGGGGGGGUGGCUUGCUGGGUAGUCUCUUUCCAGACAAGUCUUUUUGGUGUUAUUUAUUAUUCUGUUUAAAGACGAGAAAAGGAUCAAAACUCCUGAUUGUAACCCACCCUGUGGGAAGGCGGUGGACCAUUAUAGUAGGAUUGUGGGGUGACCAACCUUUUCAACAUUUCACUUUCAUUUCAAGUCUGCCUCUAGUUCUGAACUUGGUUAUUGUUAUGUAAUUCUUCCUGAGGUUUACCUGAGGAUUUUGUAUAUAAUUCUGCAGUGUCACAUGGUACUACCACACACACGUCCUUGAAUGAUGAGUGAUUCCAUUUCUGUAGUCACGAUGCACUAGGUUAGAAUCCACCCGCAUCUAUGGCAACAGACAGACAAUACAAUUCCAACAUGAGUUCUCUGAUACAAACAGACAAAGAUGUUUUGUCAGACCAUUUCAGUGCCUAUGGAUUUCAGUAGCUGAUAAAUACUUUUUUGUACAUAGUUUUCCAAUAAAAGUCUUGUUAUAUAUCA